AUGGCAUUCCCGUUCUUGCAGGAACUGCCCGUCUCCAUACUUGUGCUACUUGUAGUUGUUCUAGGUUUGUACUACAUAAAGUCUAGUAAGAGUCAGAAUCCACUGUUGCCAGUGAACUGGCCAGUAGUGGGCAUCCUCCCUUCCCUAGCCAUCAACCUCCACAGAUUGCAUCACUAUAUCGCCUUUGACCUCCUAUCACCGUCCGGCCACAGCCUAAAGUUUGCCAUAGCUAGCAUACAUAUAUUCCUAACCUGCGACCCAGUGAAUAUCCAACACAUUUUCACCUUGAAUCACACAAACUAUCCCAAGGGUGAGGAGUUCGCCGAUAUCUUCGAUGUGGCAAGGGGCUCACUCUUCACUGUUGACGGCGAGCCAUGUCGUCGUGAGCGCACAAAUUACCAGGGUGUGUUGAGCAGCCCACGGGUUGUCGGGCUGAUGAACACGUGUUGUCGUGAUAAGGUGGAGAAGGGUCUUCUGCCGUUCAUGGCCCACAUGGCAUUAACAAAUGCUCAUGUCGACAUGAAUGAUCUCAUGAUGAGGCUCAUGUUCGACCUGUAUGCCAUGACCAUCUUCGGCGUGGACACGGCUCGCUUGUCCCUUGACAUGCCGACGGUGCACGUCGCGGAUGCGAUGGACACGGUCAUGGAGGUGGCCUUCAUCCGACACAUUGUGCCAGCAUUUCUCUGGAAGGUGAUGAGGCGUCUGGACAUUGGUCCAGAGAGGAAGCUCGCUGCCGCGCAAGCGGUGCUUCGUUGCUUCACAAUGGACAUGAUCAUGAAGAGGAGGGCGAACGACCAUGUUAUAGUUCAAGAGGUACCCAUGGACAUUCUGUCCAAUUAUGUCAAUGACCCAAGAUACAAUGAUGAUUUACUCAAGGCAACUCUCAUUACCUACAUGAUCGCCGGGAGGGACACGAUUGGUACCACCUUGCCAUGGGUCAUCUACAACCUCGCCAAGAACCCGCACGUCGUGUCGAGCAUACGUGAUGAACUAGCACCCAUCAUAUCCCGCAAACCAUCUGUUGCAGGCGUCACCAUGACGAUGUUGGAUCUAGAGGAGGUCAAAGCCCUAGUUUAUUUGCAAGCCACCCUAUUGGAGACACUCAGGUUGUACCCGCCAAUCCCUAUCGAGCGCAAAUCUGUUGUCACCACCGAUGUAAUGCCAAGUGGCCAUGAGGUAUGUGCUCGGGACAUUGUCCUCGUCUCCAUCUACUCCAUUGGUAGAAUGGAGUCUGUUUGGGGAGCUGACUGCCGGGAGUAUAGGCCGGAGAGGUGGCUCUCAGAGGAUGGACGCCAGCUGCGACACGCACCCUCUCACAAGUUUUUGGCUUUUAACUCGGGGCCAAGAUUAUGCCUUGGCAAGGACAUUGCAAUCAUGCAAAUGAAGAUCGUUGUUGCUGCUAUCGUGUGGAACUUUGACGUGAAAAUGUUAGAUGGUCAACCCAUCGAUACAAAGUUGUCAUGCCUUCUGCAAAUGAAGAAUGGGCUCAAGGUUAAGCUGAAUAAGCGGGAAAUGUAA